CUUGCUAGAUUGCUCCAUACUAUUUAUAAGGUUUCGCCUUUAGCUGCGCCGGGGAGGCAAGAAAUGCGCUAGGGUUGCUUAGGGAGGGGGGGAGUUCGCAGAUGGCCGACGAGCAAUCGGCGCCGCCGGUGGUGGUGGCGAUGAAAGGCCACCCGGGGUCCGGCAAGUCCACGGCGGCGCGGGCCAUCGCCGCCGCGCUCCGCUGCCCACUCCUGGACAAGGACGACGUCAGGGACUGCACGCUGGCCCUCGAGGCCGUGGCUGCCUCCGGCGUGCUCAACGAGCUCUCCUACGCUGUGCUGUGGUGCGUGGCCGAGAAGCAGGUCCAGCUCGGCCUAUCUGUUGUCAUCGACUCCCCAUUGUCGCGGCGUGUGCACCUUGACGCCCUGACACGCAUACCCGGUGCCCUUGUGGUUAUCGUGGAAUGCCACCCUAGUGAUAAGGAAGAGUGGCGCCGGAGGCUGGAGAAGCGCGGGGCGGCAGAUUCCCACGGUGGUGGCAGUGAUGGAUGGCAUAAGCCCAAGACGUGGGCGGAGCUGGAAAGGCUUGUGGAAGGGUACCAAGGUUGCACGGAUUAUGAAAUUGGGGAUGUGCCGAGGAUUGUCGUGGAUACAACUGAUCCGACAGUUGAUGCGGAGGCGAUUGCUGCAAAGUUGUCUGUUUUGGUGUCAAGAUCUAUAGGAGAGUCAUUUCUCCCGGAAAUAGAGGCCCUGAGUUCUUGGGGCUAGAUGGCAUCUGCUGGUCUAAAACCAGGGGUGCCUGUUAUUCUGCGGGAACUAGAACCAUCCUCAGAGAUGUUCAAGCAAGGAGCAUCUCUUCGAGUCACAGGAAU